UCCGCAGCUACUUAAAGUAUACGCUUGGUUUGAAGAAUUUGCAGUUUGAAUUGCGUUCUUGAAAUUAAUGCACGUCAGCAAGAAGAAUCCAGCAAAAUGAAGCUAUUUUACCUAAUUGCUAUUGUUGGCAUAGUUCAGGUUUGCUCAAGUGCGUCAGUGGUGAAAAGAGAAGUCGAAACAUUGGAUAUAAAUCUCACCGAUCCUAGAUUGGUCACUGCUGAGCAAGCCGUUUCAAAAUUGGAUCCAAAGGCUUUGUAUGAUUUUGUUGAAAUUUUCAAAAAGUUCCAACCAAACGGAACCGAUGAAGAAAAUUUAGAAGCCAGUGCAUAUCUUUUAAGUAUAGCAGUGAAAGGAGAUUUCGAUAAAAUCAACCAAACCAUUUUCAACUAUUGGUUCAAUCGCAGUUCGGACGAGAUUGAAAGAAAUUCGAGCGAUGAAAGCGAUGACAUGCUAUUUUUGUUGCAGGAUUUAAGCGAUAAAGGUUUAAAGAAAUUGGAAAUUGUGUUGUCCAAAGUGCUGACCGGACCACAAACCGAACAGGCAAUCAGCAUUUUAAGAGGACUCGGCGAAAAUGCUUCAGUAAAGGACGAAGAAGACACUAAAGCCGAUUUCUUCAUUUCCAUUGCACACAAUUUUCUGGGCAUGCUUAAAAACGACGUUUGUCAUAUUAUACAAACCGUAAAAUCAGAUCUCGAUUGCAAGAAAUACGCAACUGUUUAAAAGAUUAAAAUUGAAUAAAAUUCGUUGUAUCACACAAA